AAAGAUAAACAGAUGAGCUCAUCGUGUUGUGUUGUUUGUGUUUUGAUGGGAUAUCCCGCGUCGGUGGCUUCACACAGGGAGUCCCACGCUGCUGUGUUGUGUGUUGUUUGGUUGCUAGGGGGCGCGGCCUAUCUUUUCUUUUUAGAACGUCUGCUGUCGUCACGCGCGGAGAGUUCCGCAUUCCACAGCCCCAGACAUACAUAAACGCGCUGAUGCAACGGGAACAGACGCGCAGACGAGCUGAACGGACGAGCAGCCGCCAACUCUCAGCACCGAACAACAAUGAUGCCUGGUCAAAUCCCUGAUCUGCUGAUGACGGCCGGUUCUCUGCCCAGCGUCGGUCCUCUGGCUGGCAUUCCCGCCACCACCCUGACAGACCAGCUCAAACUAGCAGAGCUCUACAGCCUCGGUGCGGUUCUGUCUCCUCUCAUCCUGAACAGACACGCCAAGAGACCGUUCGACGUCAUCAAGGGUGAGGCAGGUGAUGAUGAAGAACGCAGGAAAAGAAGGCGAGAGAAAAAUAAAGUUGCAGCCGCUCGCUGUCGAAACAGAAAGAAGGAAAGAACAGACUUUCUCCAGCAGGAGUCUGAACGCUUGGAGACGCUGAACUCGGAGCUGAAGUCUCAGAUCGAGGAGCUGAAAUCUGAGAAACAGCAGCUGAUCGUGAUGCUCAACCUCCACCGGCCCACCUGCAUCGUCCGCACAGACAGCGUGAAGAGCCCCGAGAGCGACCAGCGUGAAGAGCAGUCCGACUGAACACACCACAAACACACUGUCAUUCAGGACACUAGCACAGGAAGAAGAGGAAACAGUCGGGGAUUUCUUGUAAAAAUAACCAACAUCCUGUCAGUCAAUUUCAAGGUGAAGAAAAAAGGGAGGAUAUUUGUGUUGACAACAAACAAACCUCCCUGAGAUCAUCCAAAAAGCUCCAAGACGUUUGAGAGGCAGGUGUUGAUCUGAGCGACUCCUCCAGCGGCCUGCAGGUGGCGCUGUCUGAUAAACUGUUCACUGACGCUGGCGUCUCCAUGGACCGAUUGUUUACUGUUGACGCGGUCAAUUGUAUAUUGUACUAUUUAUUGUAUGUACAUUUUUAUUGUGCUAUCACAUGAUAUGGUGAAUUGUGUGUGUUUUAUCUCCAGGGUGUCUGUUGAACGGCCACUUUUGUUACCAAAUAAUGUUUCUUUAUUACAUAAAGCCACAUUAAAUAAUGCCUAUUUUUCAAAUACAA